AUGAAAAUUCCGAGGGCAGGAGCUACAGUUCCCAGAAGCUUCAUCACGACUGGGAAAAGACGUGGAUACAUGAGGACAGUCUCUGGGAAGAAGAAAGACUUCUACUUCAGUUACAUUGCUAAAAUCCUGAAGCAAGUCCAUCAGGAUUUCAGUGGGUACAGCUGGGUCUUGGAUGCCCUGUGGUCCUUAGAUUACUAUCUGUUUGAACAGGCCACCUUAGAGGCAGUAAGGCUGUCCUUCUAUAAUCACAGGCGAGUGGUCACCAGCAGAGAAAUGCUUGAGACAUUGAGUAAGGUGCCUCUGGAAGGAUGGAUGUGA